AUGGACGACCUCAACGGGCUGAGUUGGUCGGAUUCCAACAAACCAAAUAAGCCUCCACCCAUGAGCUCUGGAUAUCUAUUUCCAACAAUGCCGUCGAAUGGCGGCUCCGGCAGGUCGACCCCGUUGUCUACCACCUCGAACCGCUCCAGCUCGCCCGCGAAACCUGCCACGUCAACCGGUGAUAGCUUCGCAAACCUGGUGUCAUUCAACUCGUCCGCCGGCAACAAGAACCUAUCGCUGAUGGAGCAGCAAAAGCGACUGGAGGAAGAGAAGGCAAAGAAGGAAGCUGCCAAUCGCAAUCAGUUCGAGUCGCAAUACGGAGGCCAGAAUAACCAGUUCUGGGACAACAUUGAGCAGGGCCGAACGCAGAGCCCCGCCAGUAUUCCUCCCCCUCGAUCAGCACCACCCGCGGACGACGACGACGAUAUCCUAGGCGCAUUCAACGCUGAUGCGCCAGUGGAUGCCUCGACCCAUUUCCCUGUUCCCGCUUCGGCCAGAGCCUCGCCCGCAAUCACCACCAAUAGUCGUCCUGGGCCUCCAAGCGGUGGGAUAUCAAUGCAGGACAACACAGGAGGCUUGGACGCGUUUGAUGAUGAUGACCCAUUCGGGUUGAACGAGCUGAAGUCGAAACCCGCUCCCGCUCCUGUUCCAGCCGCGCAACAAGCCGAUGAUGACGAUUUCCUUGGUCUGUUAGGCAAGCCGGUGUCGGAGAUCCCUCGUCAGCAACCGAGCCCUAAACCUGCAUCUAUCGUAUCCUCUGAUCAUGGCCGUGACCAAGACGCUUCACCUAUGCCGUCCAACGAAGUUGAUCGCGCGAUUGCAGAACUCGUGGACAUGGGAUUCCCCGCUGAUAAAUCGCGCACAGCUUUGAAAACCACACAAUCGGGGACCGACGUGCAAGGUGCUGUUGGGUGGCUUCUCACCCAGGCUCAUGCCGAAUCUCAUCAGAAGUCCCAGGGACGCGGCAGUGCCCCGCCCACGGAUCGGAGUGGAAGAAAUGAUAGUCGGAAUCGUGAUAGGCCCUCCUGGAUGAGGGAAGAAAGAAACGGUUCUCAUUCGCGCGGCGACAGACGGAGCCCGGCCUCGGCGGAGAAAGAUCCUGCACAGAUGGCUGCGCAGUUUGGUACUAGCUUCUUAAAACAGGCCAAUUCAUUGUGGAAGACUGGUAGCAAGAAGUUCCAGCAAGCAGUGAAUGAGUUCAAUACUGAACAUGAUCCAAAUCAACCUCGAUGGAUGAAGGAAGGUGUCCCUCAGAAUGAUGACCCACCCCAACAACCUCAGCGCCCUGGUCGUCGCGAGCAGCCAGCUCAAUCUCAGGCCCAGCAAGACUUCACAAACGAAGCCAUGCUUCUUGAGUCGGGCGAUGGCCGCCCUCGCAAACCUACUCGGCCUCGAGAGAGCCAGCAAGCCGACCCUAGACUGCAGGCCAGAGAUCAGCAAUCCCCUGGCCCUGCUCAACCAAAGCAGCAAGGGAACUUCCUUGAGCGUCCAUCUCGACCCAGCUCUCAAGAUCCGAGAUCUCGUGUCUCUCGUUUUGCCGCAGAGGAACAGCAAGCGCAAGCCUAUGUGAGUCCCGCGAGACGCAAACGGCCUCAGGCUCCAGCCCCUGCCCCUGCCCCUGAACCUGCAGUCGACCUGUUCGAUUCCCCCGCCCCUACAGCCAGUCGGCCCAAGCCAUCGACUCCUGCACAGACCGCUACCCCCCAAGCGCGCUCAGCCUCCAUCCCCGUGCGUCCCAAGGCGCCAACCCGCUCCAUCCCGCCUGUGUCUCAACAGGCACUCCAAUCAACACAUCGCCACCGCGGGAAAGCCGCGGAGUCAUACAAGCGGGGUGACUAUGCGGAGGCACACCAGAGCUUCUCAACAGCUCUCGGUAUGCUUCCAGAAAAGCACCCCAUCACCAUCAUCAUCCGCAGCAACCGUGCCAUGACAGCGCUGAAGAUCGGCGAGCCCAAGUCCGCCGUCGAGGACGCCGACAUCAUCCUCACAUUCAUCGGACCAUCAAAGGGUGAGUCAGAAGUGAUCGAUCUCAGCAACGGGGAACCUCCCAAACCUAUGAAAGACUUCUAUGGCAAGGCCCUCAUGCGCAAAGCCGAAGCCCUAGAACAACUCGAGCGCUGGAAUGAUGCUGCCCAAGCAUGGAAGGACGCCGUCGAGUCCGGCCAUGGUGGAAGCACUAGUAUCCAGGGUCGCAACCGCUGUGAAAAGGCCGCCGGUACCAGCAAACCUCAACAGCCUGCCCCUCGAAAGCGCCCCAGUCCUGCCCCCAAAGCCUCUGUCAAAGCCUCUGCCCUGUCAGAUCUCACCCCUACCUCGGCAUCAGGCUCAGACUUCGAGUCUGUGAGCCGGUUACGGCAAGCCAACCAGGCCGCAGAACGCGCCGACGAAGAGAAAUUUGCUCUUUCAGAGAGCGUGGAUGCCAGAAUCGCUACCUGGCGCAACGGCAAGCAAGAUAAUCUGCGUGCGCUUCUCGGUAGUCUGGAUUCCGUCCUGUGGCCCGAGGCUGGAUGGAAGAAGAUCGGCCUGGCGGAACUUGUGCUGCCGAACAAGGUUAAGAUUCAGUACAUGAAGGGGAUUGGCAAGGUACAUCCCGAUAAGAUUUCCACGACUGCUACGACUGAACAGCGCAUGAUUGCCGGUUCUGUAUUUGGAACCUUGAACGAAGCUUGGGAUAAGUUCAGGGUGGAGAACAAUCUCUAA